AUGUUUAAGUUUUUUUGUUAUUCGUCCUUUUUUCACUCUUUAUUUCUUUUUUUAUCUAUACGAGACGUAGUUGCUUCUAGUAUGAAGAUGAGCUUUGAGAAAUUAUUGGCAGAUGCCCGUUUGUUGGUAUCCAGAUUAAAGGACCAUGAUUCCUUGGCAGAUUCAUUGAUUGCCAGUACCAAUUCUCUACACAAUCGGAUUGAUGCUAUGAAACAAUACCAAGAUGAUAUCACAGAGCUAAAUGAGAUUGCACGUCAUCGACCUCGAUCUACAUUAGUUCUUGAGAUAGCCCAGGAAAAUCGACAAAUCCGGGAACUUCAGCAAGAGAAUCGAGAACUGCGUUUAUGUCUUGAGGAACAUCAAAGUGCACUGGAGCUUAUCAUGCAAAAAUAUCGAGAACAAGUAAUGCAGUUGAUUCAAGGGAACAAAUUUGAAAAAACUAUUACGAGAAGUGCUGAACAAGGAACGGAUUAUAUCCAGAUGAUUGACAAAAUUUGCGAGAUGGCUGCUGUCAUGCAAAAGGCAGUUUCAGUUGAUGAUGCUGCUGUAUCCAAAGUGCAAGAAAGAUUGACACAAUUGGAAAUUGAAAAUCGGGGAUUAAGAGAAAUGCUGGAGAUUUGCUCAACAACUAGACAUCGGAUUUUAGAAGACGACGACAUGAAAAGCUCAAAAAGCUCAGUUCAAAGUGAAAUUGAUACAACUAAAUAG